CCGUACGUUUCUUCUCCCCUUUUUCGGUUGCUGCUCUGAGGACUCAUUUGCAGUGAAGAGAAAAAUCCGAAAAGAAAAGAAAGGAAAGAAGAGGAGCGAUGUCGGACGAGGAGCAUCAGUUUGAGUCCAAGGCCGAUGCCGGCGCCUCCAAAACCUAUCCCCAACAAGCUGGUACCAUUCGCAAGAAUGGUCACAUCGUCAUCAAGAACCGCCCUUGCAAAGUUGUUGAGGUCUCUACCUCCAAAACAGGGAAGCAUGGACAUGCCAAGUGUCAUUUUGUUGCAAUUGAUAUCUUCACUGGCAAGAAGCUUGAGGAUAUUGUCCCAUCAUCUCAUAACUGUGAUGUUCCUCAUGUUAACCGUACUGACUAUCAGCUGAUUGAUAUUUCUGAGGAUGGUUUUGUGAGCCUUCUGACUGAGAGUGGCAACACCAAGGAUGAUUUAAGGCUUCCGACAGAUGAAAAUCUCUUAACUCAGAUUAAGGACGGAUUUGGUGAAGGAAAAGAUCUUGUUGUAUCGGUCAUGUCUGCAAUGGGGGAGGAACAGAUCUGUGCUCUCAAGGACAUAGGCCCAAAGAACUAAGAUAAGUAGCGAGUAUUUACAUCUUAAUGCUUGCUUUGAUGCAUGCGUGGAUCGUUGAACAUUUCUGGAUCAUUGGCUGUAUUGCACUAUUGUUGCUUUAGUCAUAGUUUUGAACUCUGUUUCGUGAUAUAUAUAUUGAAAGUUUAGACAUACAAUCCUAUAUUUACCUGGUGGUGUUUUUU